AUGGGUGCGAACGCGUCGUCACAAUUAGAGAAGGAAAUCAACUCGGAUCAUAUUUUGAGUAAUGAACAUUUCUAUGGGCUCGUCAAUUUCGGCAAUACAUGCUAUUGCAAUUCGGUUAUUCAAGCGUUGUAUUUCUGUCAGCCGUUUCGCGAGAAAAUUCUUCAGUACAAACAGCAAUUGAAGAAAUCAGGUAAUCAAAAAGAGAAUUUAUUAACGUGUUUGGCAGAUUUAUUCCACAAUAUUGCCACUCAGAAGCGACGUGUGGGCACGAUUGCACCGAAACGCUUCAUUACGAAGUUGAAGAAAGAAAAUGAGAUUUUCGAUAAUUAUAUGCAACAAGACGCGCAUGAGUUUUUGAAUUACCUUCUGAAUACAAUAUCGGAAACGUUGUCAGAAGAGAAGCGAAAUGAAAAAUCGUCGAAAACGAACGGAAUCACCAAAAAAGGCUCAUCGAUCACACCGUCGAGCACACACGAUUCUCGAACGCAAUACCAGCCGAGUGGUUCGAAAUGUGAAACAACGUGGAUUCACGAGAUAUUUCAAGGUACAUUGACCAACGAAACACGAUGCUUGAAUUGUGAAACGGUGUCGAGUAAAGAUGAAGAUUUCUUGGAUUUAAGUGUGGAUGUUGAGCAAAAUGCAUCGAUAACGCAUUGUUUGAGAGUGUUUUCGAAUAUGGAGACGUUGCAAGCUGAUCAGAAAUAUUACUGUGAAAACUGUUGUUCAAAACAAGAGGCACAGAAAAGAAUGCGAGUUAAAAAAUUACCGCAAUUGCUGGCAUUACAUCUGAAACGUUUCAAAUACGUCGAGCAGUUGAGUCGAUACACGAAACUUUCGUAUCGAGUGCUGUUCCCGUUGGAAUUACGUCUCUUCAAUGUGAGUGACGAUGCAGUGAAUCGUGAUCGACUGUAUGAUUUGUGUGCAGUGGUUGUACAUUGCGGGUCAACGCCGAAUAGAGGCCAUUAUAUAACUGUUGUUAAGUCGCAUGCUUUUUGGUUAUUAUUCGAUGAUGACGUUGUUGAUAAAAUUGAUCCGGUAACAAUUGAAGAAUUUUUCGGAUUGUCGGAAUGUGGUGUUCAAAAGAACAGUGAAUCGGCGUAUAUAUUAUUUUAUCAAGCACGUGACGCGUCAACUGCCAUCGAUAGUAGUAAUAGUAAUAGCAAGCAGCAACAUAUGCAAAAUACAAAUGCGUCAAUUUGA